AUGAGAGUCACAACCGAAAUCGACAGCGCCGGCCAGGUCAAGCAACCAUUACCGCAUGCACCGCAUGAUAUUCAGGUGACUCCUGGAAGCAAGCUCCGCAUUGACAUAAUCUGGAAUAAUGAGGAUGACGUUGAAGAUGUUAAUCAGGCGCUGUUCGAGUCUAUCACUCCCUUCGAGACACAUCUUGGCGCAUUCUUCACUUCUAUGGUUCCGAAAUCCUCUGAAAUGGUUUCGAGAGUUGGCAACAUUUACAUGUACUUCCGGAAGGGUUCACUGGAAGACUGUGAGGAGCAUGACAAGAAACUUGACGGCUACGCACUGAUAUUCGCUGCACGAGGUUCCGGUCGUCUUGGCUAUACAUUCCCAUCCGACGUUUGUCUUGAUGAGGUUUUAAGCUUUCUCUACGAUCUAAUCUGCGUCCGUCGAGGCAAUGCCACGAAUGGUGCUGCCAGCAUCCUGAAUUUAGCAUCAAGAAUCAAGUCAGACGCUGCAGACCGGCCGCAACACAAGCCUGGAGGCGCAGCCAUCCAACUCAUCUUCAAGUGGUACAGGGCUUCGGGGUGCCGAGCUUUGGAGAACGAAAGGAAAACGGAGAACCCAACAAGGUUACCCUUCAAUAUUUACAUCAUGUGUAAUGAGAAAAGGGCAGUACCUGGUCUAUAUGUCCAACCCAAAACUCCACUAUCCUUGAAAGGCAAAUACGAAAUUGGAGAGACGCACGAUCUGGAGCGAUCCGGUACUGAAACUCCUGUCAAACAAAAGGAGGAUCAUACAGCGGAUGACUUGAGUUUGCACAAAUGUGAACACGUCAGAGCCGCCACGUGUCGGAACCUGACAUCCAUUGCGUUGGAAAACGUGAAAGAUCUCCCCGGCUAUAGUAUCGCUCAACACACUACUACAUUACGAGUCUGUUACCUUUUAUUUCGUGCAAAGGAAUAUAAGGCUAUUAAUGACAAGACGCUGCCUGAGCCAUGUAUUAAAUGCAUCUCGGAGGCCUUUACGAGGAAACAACUCGAGGACGGACUGAAAUGGGCCAUUUCGGAAAUCGAAUCACUUCUGUCACUACCCCUGUCGCCUCAGUUUGAAAUCCAUGAUCGGAUGACAUGCUACCAAAAAGAACUAAACAUCCAGCCGUUUCCCUUUGAGAAGACAAAGGAAACGAUGUUUAAAUCACGUGGGCAGGUCAUUGCCGCUUUGCAAUUUAAGCGCCGUUUCGAAUUGGAGAAGCAGGAUUAUGGUGUUGUGCGUGAUGAUUCUAGGGCACAGGUUAUCUAUGCUGUUGCUUGCCUGUUGGUGUCGAAUCACAGUCCCCCAAAGAACCUACAGCAGGAUGACCUCGACAAGAUUUUUGAUCAAUUCAUAAGGUGGUUAGACCAUAAGAACACUAGUUGA